AUGUUUAUCAAAGCAGGUGUUGCGGCUGGCUUGAUUGCCUCCGUGUCGGCACUUCCACAGGUCAGUCAAAUCUCAGACGGCCAGAUUCAGAAUCCAGCCACGACCCAGGUCCCGGUCUCCCAAAUUUCGGAUGGGCAGAUUCAGAAUCCAGUCUCGACUCCACAGCCAGUCUCGCAGAUAUCUGACGGACAAAUACAGGCUGGUACUACAACUGCCGCCGACUUGGGAGAAUAUACUCCUCUUCCCUACAGCUACAACCAGUCACCGAGCAUCAACAGCGCAGCUGUCUCCUCUGCAGCAGCUUAUGCUAGUAUUCCAGUGUCUGAGCUUCCAGGUGCUACCCUUCCAGUGGCUCCGGUCAUCAGUUCACAAGUAACUGGUAUCACCUCCCACGGCCCAUACAAUGGUCCUGCACCAACAACCACUGGUGCAGUCAGCAAUUCGCCAGCUGGUUCAACUGUCCCGAUGCUGCCACCAAACCCAACUGCCUUGGUCUACAACCCCAAUGGCACUUUGAACAACCAAGAGCCCAUUCCUUACCAGCCUGCAGGUGGCCUUGGUACGAAUGGUACUGAGCCCGUCUACCGUGUUCAGUCCGACUUUGACUACGAGUCCAUUCUUCUUGGUCUGUACCAGGAGUGGAUUGAGCUCGAUCUUUUCCACAACAUCCUCGCCACUUUCUCAGAGGAGGAGUUCACUGCUGCGGGCUUGACUGCUAGUGAUCGAUUCUUGAUUGAGUUCAUGGCUGAUCAAGAAGCUGGUCACGCUACCCUCUUAUCCAACUUGCUCGGUGGGCCCGGUGGUGCAACACCUCAAUGCACAUACAACUACCCAUUCAAGACCGUCCACGAAGCCUUCGAUUUCACCCAAAAGCUCACUCGCUGGGGUGAAUCCGGAGUCUGGGGUUUCCAAGCACACCUAGACUCUCGCGAAGUCGCUCAACUUCUCGAUCAAUCUAUCGCCACCGAAGCUCGCCAACAAUUGAUCUUCCGCCAAUUCUCAGGCCUCUUCCCCAUGCCUGUCUGGUUCGAGACAGGAAUUCCACAAUCAUGGGCUUGGACACUUCUCGCUCCAUAUAUCAGCGAAUGUCCCGCCGAUUCCAAGCGUCUUGCAUGGCAGAACUUCCCGGGACUGUUUGUGCUUAACCAGCCUAACAGUGCCCGAUGGAAUGCUACGCAGACUGGGUUCAAUGAGACAACUGGUUUCGGCCCUGCUGCUCCUAGCUCUGACCCUCCUGAGGGCGAGAGCUGCGUUGGAUACAACGUCACUGGUUUUGAUUGCUCUGCAUCCAUCAGUCAAAACCGAUCUAUUCCUCUCUCAUACCCAGGUCGAGAAAUCUACCUCGAGUGGGAGAACCCAGGCAAGGCUGUUGGACCAAACAACAGCUACAUCACCGAUACUAAGGCUGGUGCUCCUGAGUGGGUUAUCUGGGUCACUCAGUUGAACGUCACUUAUUCGCCGUUGAUGAACAUCUCUGUUGAUAGUACGACUGGUAUGAACACCGGUAUGACGAUUCAGCCAGAUGUUAGCACCUAUGAGGGUGACCCAGCUAUCAAUGGUACCAUGUUCAUUGCGUUGACGGAUAGCAAUUUGACGUAUACUGCCUUCAAUCUGAGCAAUGUCAAUCCGCAUGUUGCUGCUGGUCCUUUCUUGUACCAGGCUGGAUAA